GGGAGGCGAUGACGUGAAGGCCCUGGGUGCUAGCGACGCGUUGAGACUCCACUGGGACAUGUGACUAAGGUCACGCCACACUUGGCGACCUGUCCGCCCUCUGCCCUGCCAUCCCUUUCCCACCCUCCCCGCCCGCGUGCCGCCCCUCUCUCUCGCUGAUCUGCUCUGACCAUCCUGUUGCUGGUCUUUCUUCCUUUCUUCGCCUUGUCCGAGUGUUUUGGGUAACCACUCUGUCUGAGCUGAGUGAGUGACGAUAUAGCUGCACGAUGCACAUCGAGUACGGCCCUAUCGGUGAUGCCUCGCCGCUGCCUCUCGGCGUGGGCGUGGGUGUGGGUGUGGGCGUGCCCUUUGUCGGCGGCGGCCACUCGAAGAGCGCCACGCCGACCUGGACGGACAUCAAGGCCGACACUGUGGACUUCGCCGUGAUGCCCACUCCCACGGCCAUCAAGCACCGCACUUCGGAGCUGUCCGUUAGGUCAGUGGGCGGGGGGAAGACACAGACGACACUCAAAAGAAAGGGCGGGAAAUGUGUGUUGUGUCUUUUGGUGUGUGUCUUUGUGCAGUUUGGUGACGCCUCCGGUGUCGCGGCUGAUCAGCACGCCUGUGGUGCCGACGCUGCACACGCAGCACCUGCGGGAGCUGUCGCGCCGGCUCGAGGACGGAUACCUGCCCGACAGCCAGCCAGCCGCCAUGCAAAAUGUUCAGGUGAGUGAGGUGAAUGGACAGGGCAACACUCCUCCCUCCCUGAUUGAUGCAGCUGGGCGCUAAUCUCUGUCUGUCUGUCUGUCUGUGUGUGUGUAGGUUGUGCGUGGCGUGCAUAAGGCGACUGGCCGGUGUGUGAUGAUCAAGCGUGAGGUGUCUGACCCCGCCGCCACCCCCCGGGCCGGCCGCCGGAUGUCCGCCAGCCCCCUCCUCACCCCCACUGGCCCCUCACUCUCCCUCUCGGCCACUCAGGGCGCCAGCCUGCCGGCAGAAGUUAAGGCCCUCCGCAACGAGCUGCGAGUGCUCCGGUACCUGCACACGCAGCACCCCAGCCCGCCGCACGUAGUCCGCCUGCUUGAUGGAGCCACCGAUAGAGGUCAGUGAGCCGCACACAUGCACCCCAUCCGUCCGUCAGAGAGGGUGAAGAGUGUGAGUGUGGUUCAUAUGCAGAUCUGCGUCGUGAGGGAUCGCAGACCUGGUUGGUGUUGGAGCACAUGAGUGGGGGCGACGUGCUGUCGCUGGUCGAGACCAGCGGGGCCGUCCCCGAGUCGACCGCCCGGGUGAUCGUGGAGGGCCUCCUCCGGUCGCUCGCCUUCAUCCACCGACACAACGUCAUCCACAGGGACGUCAAGGCCGAGAAUCUCGUCCUCGCACACCCCUCACGGCCCGACACCGUCAAGCUCAUCGACUUCGGCUGUGCGGUCAUCAUGACACCGCCAAAGGCAUCCCCCUCACCGUCGCCGAGAGCGUCGCCGCGAGGCAGCCCUUCGCCGUCGCCAACGAUGCGCGGGAUGGAGAGGGGGCGGAGCGAUAAGCGGCAUCGCACUGUGUGUCCGGCGGCCAUCGAGCCCAGCCCCGGCGGCUUCAUCUCCGGCACUCCUGGGUGCGUAUGUUCAGAAGGGGGAUUGCGUGUGUGAUUGGUUGUUUGUGGUCAUGUGUGUGUGUGAUGGAAUGCGAUGCAGGUGGAUCGCUCCCGAGGUGCUGCACGGGCACUCGUACAACUCGCGUGUGGACUGUUUCGGCGCUGGGGUGCUGUGUUUUGUGUUGGUGGGGGGGUACCACCCCUUUUUGGCCAGCGACAUCCGCACCACCCUCCGCAACAACAGAUCGGGCAACAUAGAGUUCGGACACCCACGGUAUGCUUUCAAGACACACACACACACAGACGGAGAGGUGUGUGUGUGUGUGUGAUUAUUAAUUAGGUGGGGCAGCGUGUCGUUGGAGUUGAAGGAUCUGAUUCAGAAGCUGACAAACCCGUCCCCCCUGGAGCGCAUCUCGGCCGCGGAGGCCCUCAGACACCCGUGGUUCACGUGUGCCCUCCGCGAUGGCUGACUGAUCGAUGCCUGGCUGACCCAUACACACCUACACACACAUACAGGGAGGGCCCCUGGAGGGGGAGAGUGGGGAGAUGUUUUUUCACCGUCCUGAUAGACGGACGGAUGGAUCUAUGGGUCGCUGGAUGGGUGGAAGCUGGCCGUGGGUGUACGCACACAUGGCAGAAGUGAUGUGGUGUAUCAUAGAACGAUGGGGGCCAUUCCCUCUCUCCGUCCCCUGCUGUAGCUCACCUGCUGUCUACCUAUCUGAAAAUAUGCCUCUGUGGGUGUGUGUGCGAGAGAGCAGUGGAAAGAAAGUCUUUCACUCAUGGCUGGAUGGAUGCGGCGUGGUUUAGACAACCCCCCGGCUCGGCUCACUCUGUGUCUGUCUGUCUCACUGUCUGGAGUCUGUCUGUCUGUAUGUGUGUGUGUACCUAUUUGUGUAUGCCUGUCUGUCUAUGUCUAUGUCUAUGUCUGUGUGUGUGUGUGUGUGUGAGGGAUGAUCGCACUGGCUGGUUGAUGGCUACGCCUGUGCAGCAGAGAGAGAG